AUGGCCUCAUCUCAACAUGUCCGCCACCUGUUCAAUAUCGUUUGUUUGAAGACCCACUCAACAUGGGCAUUGAAACUUGAAGCACUGUUUAUGCCGUUGGAAGGACCACUCCAAAUGCCUGGUUUCUCAGGAGAGAUUUCGGAAGAGUCCUCCUGCCAUGCGGGACUUUAUCACCUUUUGCUUGCCAUGUGCGUCGGAUCAUUGCCAAAGCGCCUCCAAAUGCUGAAAAGCUCAAGUUCAACUGGUAACUUACAAUUUCCACACGUUUGGAUUCCACCCACUCAAGUCACUCAAAAGUUACUCAAGUCCCAAGUGCCAGACAUGCGAUUUUACCAGAUGAUUCGCUCUUGUGGACAGAUAGAUCAUUGCGUUUGA